AUGCGUGACACAAGAGAGAAACUACUGAAGAAGUACCGUAAUCCUAUGUUGCUUCUUCAUCCGUUGGGCGGAUGGACGAAAAACGAUGAUGUUCCGUUAUCAGUUCGAAUGCGUCAGCAUGAGGCAGUGUCCUGGAUCCCUCAUGGACCGUACUGUCCAUCUUUCCCAUCACCGAUGCUGUAUGCAGGACCUACAGAAGUGCAAUGGCACGCAAGAGCUCGAAUUGCUGCCGGUGUGCACACGUACAUUGUCGGAAGGGAUCCAGCAGGUAUUCAGCAUCCGGACACUGGUGAUUACCUCUACGAGCCAACGCAUGGCGCCAAGGUGCGGUGA